AUGCGGCCACCGCCAACUGGCCAUAUGGUCAUCAACAUGAAGACAACGAUCACCACACAUGGAGCGCAUAAUGGUGUAAUUGUUCAUGCUGGUGUUCAGUCAGGAUCAGGAGGGAACUCUCAAGGCCAAGGUCCACAAUGGUAUGUACCAUCACAAUUCCCACAAAUAGAAACACCAAGUGGUUCGAGAAUGCAUACAAUGGGACCGGGAACAAGUCAAGAGAAUAUAACAACAAGUUGGCCAGCACUUCACAUCAGCACCGCCACCUCACCCCAACCACAACCCGACACACAACAACAACAACAACAACAACAACGGCAAUCGCGUCAGGAUCGCUCACCUCAGGCUCCUCCUCCUCCUCCUCCUAGGCGUUCCCCAUCGCAAUCACCCGUCUACACUUUCAACGGACGAGAUUCGCCACCGGAUGAGUUCAUUCAACCGACGAAAGUCACUUUAAAUAUAUUUAAUUCGGAAAGAUCGGACCCAAUACCGAUUGAGACAAGCCUCCGCAGAUCGAAUACUACUGAGAACGCUGAUGCGCUUAUCAAUGAUACCGUAACCACAACAACCACUGUGGAAGUGUUUCGAACUCCGUUGGAUCCAGCUCAUCCGGAAAGAGUUGUGGCUUUGCCACCGCCUCCAGUUCCCAGCAUAGACGAUCGGCCGCAGUUGCUUAGGGUGAAUGGGCCAGGUUACGAGAAAUGGGUCAGCCAAAGGACUGAAACGUUGAUCAAUGACCGGCCACUGCAAACACCUGCACAGCAUGCUAAAGCGGUUCAGUGGAAGGAGAAGUUAGUCGAUGGCGGUCCUAGUGGCGGAAAGAAAGUCACUUUGUUUGAUCCAUACUCGGGUCCGCGAUCUCCGUUCGCAAAUGCUACUACGGUACCGCAUCCGCCGUCCUCACAUCAGUACCAGCUUCCUGUUGUGAAUUCGUUCGACGAGAGAAUAUUACCACGUACCACGCCGAGUAAACCUCCAUAUACUGUACAGUCACCAACCGAAUUUUCACAGGUCUCACAUCCGGUUAUCACGAGUUCGCAAGAGGACCUCACUAGGCCACCAUUCCCGAAAAGUCCUAUUCCACCAGCACCAACAAGCGGUUAUCCAGGACUCGUCUCACAUCCAGCGAUUCCGGACCCAACGUUGGACUACCCAAGAUCACCCAUCGAAACACCCAUUCUACAACCAUCGGUUUCUAACGGUUAUGAACAAGUCCGACGGACAGUCCCACUUCCUCAUCCACCAAAACAGAACUAUUCGGACUUUUCCCUAAGAAAAAGUCAGACCAGUCCACUGUAUGUUGAACCAAAUCGUGUCAGGACCGUGAAAUCAACCGAGCCAUCGCCAAGCGAUCAAUAUCGGUCCAUUGAACCACCUGAGAGGUAUCGUUCCACCCGACGUUCACAAAGUUCGCAUCGGCGACGACGCGAUCAUCAUCGCGACGAUCUGGAUCGACAACGACAUCGCAGCGAAUCACCUGCAUAUCGACAGCGUUAUAUAUCUACUGGAUACACUAAAACUACUACGGUAUCACCUGCCGAUUACGGUGAACAUCCGGAUCCGAAUCGUCUACCCGGUGAAGGACCAACUCGAGCGAAUUCGCGCGAGAUUUUCCGCCUCUAUCAAACCCGUGACGUCAUGCAGAAUGUGGUGGCGCAAUUUGACGCGCUUGGCUACGGAUUUGGAGAUAGUUUGGUCUUGUCGCCAUUAGCAGAAUCUGAGGACUCAGUGAUCUCUGAACUGUCGUCUCGAGCUGAUCGCACCCGUUCGGAUAUACUGGAAACCAAGAAUCCACAAGAAACAGAGGAAGCUAAACUUCGCCCACUACACAGAACCACUAGGGCAACUUCAUCCGAUGAUCUUUACGAGGAGUUGGACCACAUUUACGAGGAACUCGACAAUUAUCGAUCGAAAUCGAUAGUUACUCCGGAAAUAAGUGAUAGUUCAAGUACGUUGAAGGAAGAAGACUCUAGUGAAUCAGAAGAAUGUUCUGGAUACGCUCCUGUCGCGGACAUUAUCGAAGAACUGAAAACACCGGAAGUUGAACGGGUUCAAACCCAGCAGCACCUGGAACAACAAGAAAUGACGUUAUCGGAGUAUCGACCGAUCUGUCGCGUUCGCAAAGCACAUCCGGAUGGUCUCAUGUUUCCUCGAAUAACUGCCACCGUUCCCACAUUACCUGAGCUCCCAGAAGAGCACGAGAUAUCGACGCUACCUGCCGAAGGUGAUCACAGCGGUGCUGAAGCGGCAUCCGUGAUACCGUACGUGGACGAGUCGCCGCGGUUCUCCGCGCAGCUGAUCAUGCCAUCGGAUUUGACGUCAACCGAGGAACAGUCGAAAAGAGCGGUGCUCAGAUCACAAGCACAAGUUGUGGCUGAUCAACAUAAAUUGGUCAUACGUGGAUGGGAGUCAUUAUUUUCUGACUCGGAGGAAAGUUGCUAG